AUGCCCAUCUCAACCAACCUUCAAAAUGCAGCGGACGCAGGGAAGAAUUUCUCCUCAAGCUUCAAUAGUCUGCAGCCAACCUACAUCUGCUUUGAUGACAUUUCAGCUGAAUCGAGCUACUUCGUUAGCUGUUGUGGUCGUGCUUUCAAGUAUUACAUGGACCGCCUUCAGGACAGCCGUCCGGUUACGGUCAGCGGCGACCAACGCAAACGUGGAACAUCCAACUACAUAUUUGCCGGUGACAUCCAACGAGCAGGCAUAUGUCGGGUGAAGAUAGACAAACUUAGGCUGUCCGAUAUUCGAUUGACGAAAGGUCAACUUUAUGUGCAUUCGGUCAACCUGAUAACAAAUUGCAUGUCUGGUGCAGAUGGUUGGAGGACCGGCGCCGGACUGUUGCAAGUUGGCAACAAUAUUCUCUCAUUACUCUUCGAUGUGAUCACUGCCGCAGAGGUGAACGAAACUCAUAUCGAGGCUAUUCUGGAUGCAACGGACUUUAUCAGCAAAUAUAAAGCGAAAGAGUACAUUUUCUCCCGCGACACGAAGAAGUUAGGUCGACCAGGAUAUGCUAUCUUGCCCUUGUAUUUUCCCAAUUACGAGUGCAAGGUCAUAUUAGAUGCCGCACAGGGGUUUGAACAGCGUGUGACUACCAUGGACUUGGUGGUAGGUGCUGCGACAACGAUUGACCACUGUGUAGGCAACAGGCCUAGAGUUGUCAAUGGAGGCAUUGUCUUCGUUGAGAGCCAGACCAAAGGGUAUUUUGUAGAUGUCAUCGUGAGCGAUGGGGGUCCUCACAGCGUUGGAGCAAAUAGCACCGCGUCAUUCGAGGAAUUGAAGCAAAUCGCAGCGGCGCACGAGACUGUAAAGCCCGUACAGAUUGGAUGA